AUGGUCUUUCUCGUGAUUCGACUAGUUGGAGAAAAAGAAGAUCGACUCUUCAAAAAUAUUAUUGUGGAUACACAAGUUUGUGAACUUUGAUCAUUGGCUUUAUCUAAAAUUUAAUUUAUUUACAGAUUUCUCAUUUGGAAUUAUUGAAGCGGAUUGAGGGAGUGACAAAGAUUCCAAUCUACUAUCAACAAAUUCGAUUGAAUGGAGAAGAGCUUCCUGAUUGCGUUCAACCUCUUUUAUCAGCCAAGGAUUUCGAUGAAAUUUUAGUGGUAAGUUCAAUUUUUAUCUUCAGAAUUUACUGUUUAUUGUUUAUACAGCUGGAGAAUUAACUUUCUGGCUCAUUGUGAUAUUGUUAACAAUUCAAAGGCAGACAGAUAAUUAGACAAUUGUAAUACAGCUAGUGAAUUUUAUAACAGUUUUUUUUAAAAUUGUUAUUGCACAUAAUUAAAUAAGCCCAUGACUAAUAGUGCAUUUUAGAAACACAGGAGAUUCUAGUUAUGCUAUUUUGGUAUUAUUUGUUGAGGAGUAAUUUGCAUGCCAAAUUAACAUAUUAUUAUUACUCCCAAAAUACCUAGACUUCAAUCAUUCCUGUUGCCCCACUUAUCUUAAUAAAACUUUGUAUUUCUACCUCGAGAUGCAUUCAAUAUUUAUAUAUAACGCAUUAUCUGUAAGACAGGAGCAUGGUCAUAGUGAGUGUGGACAUAGGGCCCGUAGAGAAGGUAGAGCUUAGAAAUUUUAUGGGCAUGUAUAUGGGGACACGUGUGACCAUUGUGCACAAUAUUGGGUCCCAGCUCCGGUUGACUCUCAGAAAUGCCAAUGAACGAAACGGCGUGCAGUUGAAGUUGUGGCCGUGGCCUAGGAAACUCCGGUGUGGAAGAAACUCCAAUGCUCUUACGAAUGAAAAGGGAGAAGUCGGUCACAAACAAUUCAACUUUUCGGCAUCUGCUGCAAGUCGAAAUGACUCGAAUUUUUUUUUGUCGAAAGCUAAGAUGAAAAUACACCUUUGUGUAGUAGAUCGUUAUCUCCGGAGCCUCUUACUAAGGCCCUUAAUUUUUAGUUUUCUCCAAAAAUCAUGCAAAAUUUAACGUUUUUCUGUUACAACUCCGCCAAAAAUUUUUUUUAACAGCUGAAAAUUAAGGAAAACAUAUCACUAAACAUAUACAAACUGUAAAAAAAAUUUCAGCCUCCUACGAUUUUUUUGAAAAAAUUCGAGUUGUGCACCUUUAAGCACCUACCGUACUACCGUAACCCGGAGCUGGGACCCAAUAUUGUGCAUAUGGGGCAAACUAGUCCCUAUAUACAUGCCUAUAAAAUUUCUAAGCAAUACCUGCUCUACAGGCUCUAUGUCCACACCCACUAUGACCAUGCUCCAGUCUUACGGAGAAUGCGUUAUAUAGACUGCUUUAUAAUUGUUAUUGUUUCAGAAACAUCGAUUUAUGCUUAAAUGGCACAACUACCUGAUACGAGUAAACGAGUUUCGUGAACACAAGGACUACCGGUCGAAAAAAGAGAUAGCGCUGGAAGCUCAUAACAAUGCUAAAGAACUAUAUGACGCUCGAUUCUUCUCCGCCUUCGAAAAGUUUGACCUGGAGUGGCUGAAGCAUCGAACGGAAUAUGAGGUUUAUCUCGCCAACACCCCGGACUUCAUCAGACAAGCUGCCAAAUCGUUCUUUGAACGCAAAUUUUCCGAUAUGGUCGAUAUCAACUUCAACAAAAAAGUCGCUGGUAUGCUGAGUUUAUUUAUCAUUGAUUUUGAUUUUAGAAAUGUUUAGGAAGUCGGUCUGGUUGCAUUUGUACUGUAACAUUCCAUGGCUAUCGUCGUGUUUUCUUUUUGAAGACCAACCACAACUCGUCGAGUAUUUUAUGUAAGCUCAUUGUAGCGAAUCACUUUAAUCAUCAUGAUUUAAAAUUUAGCUACUCACCGAGGACCAUUGAACUUAAUAGAAUUGUAUGUAUACGUAUUGUUGGACGUCUUGGACCUUGGAGCUGCAAUUCAGUUUAUCCCCAAUGCGGUUGCGUCAAGCAAAGUUGUAUAUCUUUGCUCAGAAGAGAUCGCUGGCUUUACAACGAUGGCAGAGCUAGAGAAAGAAUGGUAAGUGCUUUUAGAAUAUUAUGAUUCAUUUGACUUUCAAUUUCAUCUACUGGUGUGUGUUUAGGGAGUCGUUUGAACGUAAAAUCGUGAAGAAGAGAGAUCAAUUUGCGGAAUCUAUUAUCCAGACAUCUUUGCUCGUGCAAAUUUUGGGCAUAGGAGAUUUUAACUUAGAAAAUAUCGGAUUCGUCGACAAUUCCACUACCUUAUUUGUUGUCGAUUUCCAGAUUGCAUUCAUCGAUUCCUCUUGUGGAUUUGAAGGGAUAGAGCGUCCAAAAAAUUUAUUGAGUCUGGUGGCCGAAUUGCGCACAAAUUUAGGAAGAUUUGUGGAGUUGGUUAAGGUUUGUAUUUUUGCAUUGCAUUGAUGAAAACCAUAAAUCUUUGCCUUCAGGGAAUGUCGUACGACAAGCAGCUCGAUAUUGCAAAGAAGUUCAUUCUCGAAAGCAGAAUAACUUCAAAAUUAGACAUAGCCAUGGCAAAACUGGACGAAUCUAAGGAAACAUUCUGCCGAUCAGAUUUGGCAUUUGCCAAUGGGGCAGAAGUCUUGAAAGACUAUAUUACCCUCGUUCGCGAGAAGAUUGUUCAAGUACAAAACUCAUGA